GUUCUCAUAUUCACUUCCAAAAGCAUCUUCCUUCUUUUUAAUUUUUUUUUCUUUUCAUUCUCAUUUUUUUACUUUUUGAAAAGAAAAUUCGAAUAACAUACUUUCUUCUCUCUAUUACUCAGCAUAUAUCAUUCUUCAUCAUAUUACUUAACACUGUAGAACAGCAAAACCCUAGAUUUUUCUGUUAAAGCUCAAGGCCGUACAAACUUUGAAACUCAGAGAGAUCUUGACAAUAGCAUUAUGAAUAUCGUGCCUUGGAAAGAUGCAAACGACGAAGUUUCGGGCGGGGCUGCGACAAGACGUGAAGGAGACAUAGAAGAAGAUCAAGAAGAAGACCAAGCCAGAGCCACCAGUGGCAAAACCGUAAAUAAAAAGCCUUCAACCUCGAUCUCUUCCUCUUCUUCCUCUUGGAUGAAGUCGAAGGAUCCGAGGAUUGUUAGGGUUUCACGCGCCUUUGGAGGCAAAGACCGUCACAGCAAAGUGUGUACGCUACGUGGGCUACGUGACAGACGCGUGAGAUUAUCAGUCCCCACGGCUAUUCAGCUUUAUGACCUUCAAGAACGACUCGGCGUUGAUCAGCCUAGCAAAGCCGUGGAUUGGUUGCUCGAUGCAGCUAAAGAGGAGAUCGACGAGCUCCCUCCGUUACCAAUCUCGCCGGAGAAUUUCAGCCUCUUCAACCAUCAUCAGUCGUUCUUGAAUCUUGGUCAAAGGCCGGUUCAUCAAGAUCCGACCCAACUCGGGUUUAAAAUCAAUGGAUGUGUAGAGGAGACUACUACUAGCAGCCGUGAAGUAAACAACAAAGAGAAGGGAGACAACGAUGUCGUUUUCACAAACAAUCAUCAUAUUGGGUCUUACGGAACUUAUCACCACAACAUGGAACAUCAUCAUCAUCAUCACCAACAUCAACACUUGAGCUUCCAAGGAGAUUAUCAUCAGCAUCAACUACAUAGUCUUGUCCCAUUUCCAUCACAAAUUUUGGUAUGUCCAAUGACGACAUCAACAACGACAACAACUAUACAAUCUUUGUUUCCAUCAUCUUCGUCAGCUGGUUCGGGAACUAUGGAGUCAAUAGACCCAAGGCAAAUGGCAAGCCAUUUUCAAAUGCCAUUAAUGGGUAAUUCUUCAUCUUCGUCGUCAUCCCAAAACAUUUCGACUUUAUAUUCAUUGCUACAUGGAAGUAGUAGCAACAACAAUGGUGGUAGAGACAUUAAUAAUCGGAUGCCUUAUGUCCAAUUCAGCCGAGAUAAUACCACUACAGCGGCUAGUAUGUCGAAGCUUCGAGGGUCGGAGAGUAGUAGUACAAGUAGAGGAAGUGAACACCAUAUGUGAAAUUAGGCUAGCUAUAGAAACAAUUAAUGGUUUGUUUGUGUUCAGAAGUAAGGGGGACACAAAACAAAAACAAUAAUUACUAGCUAAUUAAUACUAUUGUACUCUUUUUCUGAUAUAUUUUUAUAUACAAAUUGAUACUAUAACUGAUU